AUGGCGACAAUAGGGGAUUUCGACCCACUCAACUCCACCGUACCUGCGACAAAGAUUGAAGUCACCGUUUCUUGCAGAAACCUGUUAGACAUGGACACCUUCUCGAAGUCAGAUCCAGUGGUGGUGCUGUACGUUCAAGGCCUGGGGACCAAGGAGUGGAGAGAGUUUGGUCGGACAGAGGUGAUCGAUAACACGCUGAACCCCGACUUUGUGAGGAAAUUUGUCCUUGAUUUCUUCUUUGAAGAAAAACAGAACCUGCGCUUUGAUGUGUACAACGUGGACACCAGGAGCUCCAACCUGUCCAAACAUAAGGACUUCCUGGGUCAGAUGUUCUGUACAUUGGGGGAGAUCAUCGGCUCGACUGGCAGCAGGCUGGAAAGGACACUGUCUGGGAUCCCCGGGAAGAAGUGUGGAAGCAUCAUCUUCACAGCUGAGGAGCUCAGUAACUGCCGGGACAUAGCCACCAUGCAGUUCUGUGCCAACAAGCUGGACAAAAAGGAUUUCUUUGGCAAGUCUGACCCUUUCCUUGUCUUCUACCGGAGCAACGAGGACGGGACGUUCACCAUCUGCCACAAGACUGAGGUGAUCAAGAACAACCUGAACCCUGUUUGGCAGCCGUUCACCAUCCCUGUUCGAGCCCUUUGUAAUGGAGACUAUGACAGGACAGUCAAGGUGGAUGUUUACGACUGGGACCGAGAUGGGAGAUGUACACACUUUUUGUCUACCCAUCUUUCUUCCAGUCAUGACUUUAUCGGAGAGUUCACCACCAGCUACAGAGAACUGUCCAGAGGCCAAAGCCAGUUCAAUGUCUACGAGGUUCUGAAUCCUAAAAAGAAAGGCAAGAAGAAGAAAUACAUCAAUUCGGGGACGGUCACUCUGCUGUCUUUCAAAGUGGAGUCAGAAUACACGUUUGUCGACUUCAUCAGAGGAGGGACACAACUCAAUUUCACUGUGGCCAUAGACUUCACAGCGUCCAACGGUAACCCAUCCCAGCCCACCUCACUGCACUACAUGAGUCCGUACCAGAUGAAUGCAUAUGCCAUGGCUCUAAAAGCUGUAGGGGAGAUCAUCCAGGACUAUGACAGUGACAAACUCUUCCCAGCAUACGGCUUCGGAGCUAAACUUCCCCCAGACGGCAAGAUCUCCCACGCUUUCCCACUGAGCUCAAACACAGAGAACCCAAACUGUGUGGGGAUCGAUGGUGUACUAGAGGCAUAUUUCCAGAGCCUGCGAACGGUUCAGCUUUAUGGCCCAACCAACUUUGCUCCUGUCAUCAACCAGGUGGCUCGAUGUGCUGAAGAAGUGACUGAUGGCUCCCAGUACUUUGUGCUGCUGAUGAUUACAGACGGCGUUAUCUCAGACAUGGCUCAGACCAAAGAGGCUGUCGUUAAUGCAGCCUCCCUGCCCAUGUCUAUCAUCAUAGUAGGAGUGGGCCCUGCUGAGUUUGAUGCUAUGGAGGAGCUGGAUGGGGAUGAGGUGAGAGUGUCCUCCAGGGGACGCUUUGCUGAGAGAGACAUCGUCCAGUUCGUACCUUUCCGGGACUACAUCGACCGCUCAGGCAACCAGGUCCUGAGCAUGGCCCGUCUGGCCAAGGACGUCCUGGCAGAGAUCCCCGACCAGCUGCUGUCCUUCAUGAAGAGUCGGGGGAUCGAACCCCGGCCCCCCCUGCCCGCCACCUCUGACUCUCCCUCAGUGUCCACCACCACAAGCACCACCAAGGAACGCAACAUGCAUGCCUGAAAAUACGGGCAUUGUACGUAGUGUGCAAUUUGAGCAAACAGAGAUGUGUGUUUGUG